ACCAUUCGUCAAGAAAAAUUAAAAACGCAAACGAGUGUGUUGGCUUAUUUAGUUAAAUAUUUUAUUUAAUCAUAAUAAAUUAUACAAUGACGACACCCACUUGUAAAUACUCAUUAUUUAAUUAGACAAAUUAUAUUAGAUAAGGAUAAAAGAGUAGCUGUUACGCUUUGUACUGCAAAAAGAGUUCCUUUGUUAGAAGGUUUUAUUAGAACACUAUGAGAAUUGUGCUAUUUAGAUUUAAUAGAGAGAUUUAAUAGUUAUUUUUAACUAUGGAUAUCGUGAGUAUGGAAGUGAGGGAGGCAGGCGAUGGGGCUGCAAGUGCCGGCGAAUAUGUCAAACCUCCAGAAAAAAGGGCAACGUGGGCUGAAGUCCGACAGGCAGUCCACGACUUGAGGAAGGAACUGGCGUCCCUCUCAGCUAUGACUCCAAUGGCUAUAUCCUUCCGGAAGCUAGCUAACGGCAAGACUAGAAUAUACUUUUUGAGGACUCCAAUUAACGGUUGGGAGAUAACUUUGCUAUAUUCUGAUGUGACACCAUCAACUCAGCCAAGUAAUAGCAGAUUGGAAUGGAAGCCUCUUAUUGAAUCAAAUGUGGCCCUUGGUGUGUCGUCUGGGAAGUGGUCGCGUGAGGAGCAGCUCUUGUUGGAGCGUCAACGGGUGGCCGCUUGGGGCAUUGCAUCAUAUGAAUUACACCAGGCCACUGGCAGAGUGUUGUUCCCGUGUGCAUCUUCACUGUUUGUUGCCGAAGAGGGAACUAACCAGACACCACCGCUAGUCCCCCGCUCGCUCAGCACCGGCGGGGGCGCAGCCCUAACCCCCGCUAUGUGUCCGAUGGCGCCCACCGUGGUAGCUCACGCGGCUCGUGGAGACAUCUGGCUCGCCGGAGCGCCCAGGAGGCCUACGCGUCUUACUUACGCUUGCAAAGGCCAUGAACCGGAUCGGUUAGCGGAUGAUCCAAAACAAGCUGGGGUACCGUGUUACGUCACCCAGGAGGAGUUCUCGAGGUACACCGGCUUCUGGUGGCAACCCAAGUCUGAUGAUGACGUGUACAGAAUAGUUUACGAGGAAGUGGAUGAGAGCGAUGUGAAGGUAUUCAGCUUUCCAUCAUCACAGAGCAGCAACGGCGAAGUUGAGGAGUUUAGGUUUCCUCGUGCCGGCACUCCUAAUGCAAAGUCAGUACUGAAACUGGUCACGUUCAGGCUACAGAAGGCGACUUCCACCACAGUGCUCGACUACUACCAGGAAGCUACCGAUACACCCAAUAGUGAGUUGACCGAAGUGACGGACAUCCGGUGGUACGAAUUGAGGACGUCACUAAAAGAGGCGUUCCCGUGGUUCGAGUAUCUGGCCAGAGUGGGGUGGACGCCGUGUGGACAGUUCGUGUGGGCUCAGCUGUUGGACCGCAAGCAGCAGCGGCUGGAGUUGGCGCUGAUUCCCGUGCAGCAGUUGAGUGUUCCCGCGGGGUACGAGCAUGCGCCCGCGCACUUGGCGCGGCCGCCGUUCGCGAUGCCACCGCACGGGAACGAGAAUAUUCUCGACAUCCAAGUGUUAAUAUCUGAGACGGCGCCGGACGCGUGGAUCAACAUCCACGAUAUAUUACACUUCCUUCCGUCUGCGGACAACGAGGUCAGCUUCAUAUGGGCAUCGGAGGAGACCUCGCAUCUACAUCUGUAUAAAGUCACAUGCCAAUUGGCAUCUAAGAAGGACAGGAUGAGAUCUGUUAUAGAGAUUAUAAGUGAGGACGAGAGUAACGCAGUGGGUCCUAACAUAGUGAACAAGGAGCCCAUCACCGCCGGAGAAUGGGAAGUCAUGGGCAGGAAGAUAUGGGUGGACGAGGCCCGCAAGUUGGUAUACUUCGUAGGGCUCCGCGAGACUCCACUAGAGCGCCAUCUGUACGUGGCGCCGUACAACCCGCCCAGACCUCAUGCUAUCACGUUACUCACUAACGUGGGAUACUCUUGCACUGUAGAUAUCGAUCAGGAUUGUAGUACGGCGGUGAUAACGUCGUCCAACAUCAGCACUGUACCGAGCACGCGCGUGUUCCGCAUCCUGCACGAGGGGGGGCUGUGCCGGCUGCAGCCGCAGGGCACGCUCAUGGAGAAGCAGCUGCCAGAGUUCCCUGAGAGUCGCCGUUUCGGUUGCAACGGUUCGUGGCAUAGAUCUGGUGAUGAGGAUGCAGACUGUAGCGAGACGGGACUGUUGAUGAGAGAGCACAGCCUGUCGGCGGGCAUCCCCCCCGCGCAGAUCCUGUGCACGCGGCUGUCGUGCGGCGCGGCCGCGUACUGCACGCUGUGGCGCUGCGGGCGCGCGGGCCGCAGCCCCACCGUGCUGCAUGUGUACGGGGGGCCCGAGGUGCAGACCGUCACCAACAGCUACAAGGGUAUACGUCAGCUGCGCAUGCACAUGUUGGCGGCGCGCGGUUUCAACGUAGUCUCUGUAGACUCGCGCGGGUCUAAACACCGCGGCCGCGCGUGGGAGGCGGCCAUUAAGGGCAAGAUGGGACAAGUCGAGCUGGACGACCAGGUAGAAGUGUUACAGUGGCUGGCUAAGGAGACCGGCUGCAUUGACAUGGAACGAAUCGCAAUACACGGCUGGAGCUACGGUGGUUACCUAUCGCUACUCGGGUUGGCGACUCGACCGAAUAUAUUCAAAGUAUGCGUCGCCGGAGCGCCGGUCACCAGUUGGCGGUUAUACGACACUGCAUACACUGAGAGAUACAUGGGACUGCCAGCGAGCGCACCUCAUUCCUACACAAGAGCUAGUGUGUUAGCGCACGCGCCAUUUUUCCCUGAUCAGGAAGGAAGACUGUUGAUAAUCCACGGUUUGGCCGACGAGAAUGUGCAUUUCUGUCAUACAGCCGCGUUACUCGCAGAACUCGUAAGACUGGGCAAACCUCACCGAGUACAGAUAUAUCCUGGAGAGCGCCAUUCAUUACGGGCGGUGCACGCCGCGAAGCAUUACGAAGCGACGUUAUUACAUUUCUUACAUGAAAAUUUGUAAAUAAAGACUCGUACACUCAUUAAACAGUAUGUUGUCAUAGUAUGGAUAUGCCUGCGAUACCGGGACUUGAUUGUUAGAAUAUUAUAAGAGGUAAAUUGGUACGGGUAACGCGAUUUCGUCAUGUAAUGGUUUAUAAUAGGUCUCCUAAUAAAUUGCAUGAUGCGUGACGUCCGAUCAUAUCUCUGCACUUAUGCGUUGCCUUUGCGUCAUCCGUUUAUUACAUAAAACGAUUGUUGCUAGUUACUGACCUCUUCUUCUCUCUUAAGAAAGUGUAAGCAUCGGCUGAAACAUCUGCCUCUCCUUUUUAAUAAUUAUCAGGAAGGAAAUAAUAUAUUUUUCGAUCUUACGGACACUAAAGAUGUUAAUAUAACCACUGCUUAAUUUCGUUGUACCAAAAAAAUCUCAGCCAAUUCAGAUUUCGUUGUUGAAACAAAUAAUUUCGUUAGUUCACUGUGAUUAUUAAAGAAAUUGCAUUUAGAACUCUACAUGAUUUUUGAACAUAUAUCCUUGAGUCAUGUCCACAAUAAUAUAGACGUUUGCAGUCAUCGAUACGUAACGGCUGUAAUUAUUUCCCGUCACUAUCUAUAACGGUUCCGGGAAACCAAAUAUCAAUAAAGACUUAUGACUGGUUUUCACGUGAUUAAGUAGAUAAGUAGAUUCUAACCUAAAAGCAAGUAAUCAAGUACGUGUAAAAACUCAAAUAAGUAAAAAGUAGAAAGUUAACAUCUAGUUAACCACUUAUGGGCUUUAUUUAAUUAAAUUUGAACUUGCUACUUUAACUUAUUUGUAUGUUUAUACGUACUCACUUAAAAUCAAGUUAAAUAUCUACUUAAUUACGUGUAGACCAGCCAUUAGGCCGUCUAAAGUGGGUCUUAAAUACCUAUGGCGAUGAUUGAAUUGUGUAAUACUACAUGUCACAUUUAUGGACAUGUUUAUGUCUCGUUCCCGUUAAUUUACCGCGUUAGGUGUAGUGUAACAUUAUAUCGAGCACAUUGUAGCAAAAGCGACCUUAAGCGUUGUUAGAUUACGGCUAUAAUGUUUUGAAUAGGCUCGUGUAAUCAAAUAUACAUACGCACCAAAAGGAAUAGGCCUGAUUUUGUAAGUUUCCAUAACUAUUUUUAAAAACAGUGCCACCUAUCGGUCGCGGCGUCAACUGAAUGCUCGAUAGGUAGCAUAAUAUAAACGUCGAUAUUAACAUGUAUAACUCGUACCAAUUAACAUGACACAAGAGGUCCUAUUCUGUUUUUCCUUGAACGAAAAUUCGGAGAGUUCCGAAUGAUUCUAGAAGUUGAAAUCGUCGUAUCCGUGUAAAUUAUCUGCGCACCAGAGGCAGUGUCAGGUCAUACCAACGUUGCAUCAUAAACUAUGGAAAAAUGCGUUUCUUUCGAGUUAUAUUAGCAUUUCGAAAAUACACUGGAUUAAGUUUUCGAAGUAAUAGAAUAGGUCUUCAGGUGUCAUGUUAAUUCGUACGAGUAGUAUUAAAAUUUUGUAAUUAUCGUAAGUUCGCGUCAUAGUCGCAUUCAUUUUUGUAAAUAGACAUGCGUGUUUUUUAAUGAAUUAUGUGUAAAUGUUAUGUUUAGUGAUAAUAAUAAAAAAUCCACUAUUGGUAUUG